CUUGGUACUCACAGCUUGAGGUGCGCGGCUAGACUGACUGUCUGGCUCGCUCGCGGUGGCUGGUGCUAGUGCUGGUGCUGCUGGUCAGGCACAAACAUAAUGCACAUGCACUCUGUCAGGAGUAUUUUAGUCUCACGCAUGCUUUAUCUCUUGGGUCACUGGGAAAUUUUACAUGGUUGCAGUUUUAAAUGAGGACAAUGCGCAUGCUCAAGUUUCCACCGACGACGCCACAGGAUCUCAAGGUCGCAGCUUGCAUUGAGCGAAAACGACGAAAUCAAGAGGCUCGAAAACAGAGAAUAUUCGAUCCACGAUGCCAAACCGGGAUAGACAAAGAGUUCUUGGAUUGGCAGAUAAAAGAAAAAGAGCGACUGCGUCAGCAAGAACGAGAACAAGAAUGCCGGAUGGAUGAAGCGCUGCUGCGCAGCAGUAAAUUCGCAAUGAUGCUUGAGAAGCGGGAGGAGGAGGAAAAGAAGAAGAUAAAUCGUGAUAUAAAUUCAUACCGGCAAAUCUAUCAACGUCCGCAGGAUCGUCGCGACUUUGAUCUUUACGAUCCGGAUAAUUUGAAAAAAUCAUUACCAGGUCGGCUAGCCGAUGAUGAUCCGCGAAUUGGACCUUCUUCUGCUCAAAAAUUUGAGGGUGAAGAUCUUGAGCAAGUUAAAAGACGGAGCAGAGAUAAAGAGCAGAUGCAAUCGAGUCUUAUGCAGCAGGUGUACGAGAAACAAAAAAACAAACAAGAACAACAACAUGCUGAUGAAUCUCUUCAACGAAUGAUAUUAUCUAGGGACAGACGUGCGAUCGACCUUGAACGAAUGGAAGAAGAAUGCCGAAGAAAACUUAAUGAAGCUAAUGCACAGUUUAAUCGUGCCCUUGCUGAGGAACAGGAGUACCGUAACAAAUGUCAGGCAAUAAAAGAUGAAGAAGAUAAACGUGCUGAGAUUUACAAUCACCUUACCGGUGAUUUCCUAACAGAAGCCCGUGAACAAGCUCUAAGUCAUUGUGGGCCAAGUAAGUUACUUGCCUAUCGGUACAAAGGCAUGACAUCUGACGAGUUAAAGGCAAUAUGGAAUGAACAAGCUCACCAGAUGAAGGAAAUUCAGAAAAUGAAGGAUGAACAAAAGAAAAAAAACAAUGAAUGGGAUCGUUUAAUGAUCGGUAAUGCUUAUGCUGCUGAAGUUUAUAAUCAACAAUUAGAGCGCCAAAAAAUGGAAUUAAGAAAAAGAAUCGCUGAAGAAAAUUUACAGCUAGCGCAACAGCAGAAAUCACAUCAGGAUUAUUUGAACAAAGUGGUUUAUAAGUAUCAGCAAGAACCCGAAUUUUUUAAUCAAUUCAAUUCAUGCCCUCGUUAAAUUCAUUUUAUUUAUAAUUGUAGUACCACUAUUAGUGUUAUCAACAUGAAAAAUUUCCUAAGAUUUAAAUAUCUAGUUUUAUAAUUUUUAGUAUUAAUUAACUUGUGCAAAAAAAUCUGAAAACGGUCAAAUUUUUGCUGUUUCAGUAUCAUCAAUUAUUUACAAUUAAGAUAUUUAAAUUAUAAAAUUACCAGAGUACCAACCGCAAUAUAAUCAAAGUCUAAAAAAAUUCAAGUCAAGUUUAUUAAUAAUAAUAGUACGUCACACAAAUAAAA